AUGGGACGUGAGGAGCAAGGAAGGACUUGGUGCAUGGACGCAGCUCUUGAAGCCAGCUCGACCGCCACUCGACCAUCCGGUCGAGUUCCUCAACUCGACCGGCCAAGCUUCAACUCGAUCGAGCUGAGAAGUCAACAGUCAAACCCGAAAAAUGUGUAUGCGAACUCGAUCGAGUCGGUCAACAGAAGACUUGGUCGAGCUAGACUUCACACGGGUAGAAAGAGGAAGGCAAACUCGACCGAUUGGUCAGGAGAUGCUCCAAACCGCCAUCAACAGAGACAAGGGAUUGUUCCACCACCAGUGCAGAACCACAACUUUGAGAUCAAGCUGGGAAUGAUCAACCUUGUUCAGAACAAGAUGUUCCAUGGAUUGCCAAGUGAAGACCCCAUUGACCACCUUGAUGAGUUUGAUAGGCUUUGUGAUUUGACAAAGAUCAAUGGUGUCUCUGAAGAUGCCAUCAAGCUGAGACUCUUUCCUAUGUCUCUAGCUGACAAAGCUCACCAAUGGGAGAAGAGCUUGCCCCAUGGCACAAUCACCACUUGGGAUGAAUGCAAGAAGGCCUUUCUUGCUAAGUUUUUCUCCACCGGUCGCACAGCCAAGCUUAGAGGAGCGAGAUAUCCAGCUUCAUCAGCGAAACAAUGA